AUGGCAACAGGUAGUGUAAAGCUUAUAGGUUCAUGGGCAAGCCCAUUCGUGAACCGUGUUGAAAUAGCCCUCAAGAUAAAUUCUAUUGAUUCUGAGCUUAUACAAGAAAAUGUGUUAAACAAAAGUGAGCUGCUCCUCAAAUCCAAUCCUGUUUACAAGAAAAUCCCCGUCCUGAUCCACAACGAACAGCCUAUCUGUGAGUCCCUUGUCUUUCUUCAGUACAUCGAUGAAGCUUGGCUUAAUGGUCCUUCCAUUCUUCCUUCUGAUCCCUAUGAUCGUGCCAUAGCACGAUUUUGGGCAGUCUAUAUAGAUGAAAAGGUUAAGACUUAA